AUGGUGCGCUUGGUGCGGUCCUGGAUGAAGCACCUGCUGGAGUUCCUGGCCGGCAGCCAGCACUUCCUCCAGGGCCGCACCAUGCCCACCAUCAGCAAUCGAGGUCCGGGCAUUCACCCAACGAGUACUGAUGAUGCAAACGAUACGACCCAGGAGGAAGCGCCUGCUGGGAUCAAUGGCCGCCAACUAGCGCUUCCUCGACGGCGGCAACUGGUGUGGCAGGUGCUGGCGUCGACAUCCUUGCGUGGUUCAUUCGUGUGUGGGGCUGCAUGGUGUUUGGUGCUGACAAGGCGGUGGCGUCUGCCGUCGUUGAGGAAGGAAUAG